GGACGACAACAAAGGGCGGCAGGCGGCUGGCGGCGGUGACUGUGACUGCGUCUGCGUCUGCCGGUGUUUCGCUCAGUGCUGGUACCGUUGGCCGCCCGCCGCGCUCCAGAUGAAGUGUGAGCACUGCACGCGGAAGGAAUGUAGUAAAAAAACGAAAACUGAUGGCCAAGAGAAUGCAUCAGUCGAUGUACGAAGGCCGGCCCAGGAGAAGAGAGAGGCAAGAGAAUUCCAUAAGUUGGCUGAUGCCAGGAUAUUUCUGAGUGACUGCUUGGCGUGUGACAGCUGUGUGACUGCAGAGGAAGGAGUCCAGGUUUCCCAGCAGAACGCCAAAGACUUCUUCCGCGUUCUGAACCUUAAUAAGAAAUGUGAUACCUCAGAGCACAAGGUGUUGGCAGUGUCGGUGUGUCCUCAGUCUCUGCCUUAUUUUGCUGCUAAAUUCAGCCUCAGUGUGACUGAUGCGUCCCGAAGACUCUGUGGCUUCCUCAAAAGUCUUGGGGUGCACUACGUCUUUGUUACAACAAUCGCUGCAGACUUCAGCAUUCUGGAGAGUCAGAAAGAGUUUGUGCGUCGCUACCACCAGCACAGCAGGGGAGAGCCGGCCUUACCCAUGCUGACCUCUGCCUGUCCAGGCUGGGUCCGGUAUGCGGAGCGGGUGCUGGGGCAUCCCGUCACUCCCCACCUCUGCACCGCCAAGUCUCCCCAGCAGAUCAUGGGCUCUCUGGUGAAGGAUUACUUCGCCAGACGGCAGAACCUGUCCCCAGACCAGAUUUUCCAUGUUAUUGUGGCCCCUUGCUAUGACAAGAAAUUAGAGGCCCUUCGAGAAGAUUUUCCUUCAGCUUUGCAGAGUUCCCGGGGUGCCGACUGCGUGUUGACCUCAGGUGAAAUUGUCCAGAUAAUGGAGCAAAGUGAUAUCUCAGUGAAGGAAGCUGCCGUGGACACACUGUUUGGAGACUGGAAGGAGGAGGAGAUGAGGCGCCAUGAUGGAGCCAGCUCGGAUGGGUACCUGGUGCACAUCUUCAGACACGCGGCCAAGGAGCUGUUCAACGAGGACGUGGGGGAGGUCACCUACCGCACCCUAAGGAACAAAGACUUCCAGGAGGUCACCCUUGAAAAGAACGGGGAGGUUCUGUUACGCUUUGCUGCUGCAUAUGGCUUUCGAAACAUCCAGAACGUGAUCCUGAAGCUGAAGAAGGGCAAGUCGCCAUACCACUUUGUGGAGGUCCUCGCCUGUGCCGGGGGAUGCUUAAAUGGCAGAGGCCAAGCCCAGACUGAGGAUGGGCACGCCAACAAGGCCCUGCUGCGGCAGAUGGAAGGCAUCUAUGCAGACAUCCCCGUGCAGCCCCCGGAGACCAGCACCCGAGUGCAGGAGCUGUACCAGGAGUGGCUGGAUGGGGCCGACUCCCCCAGGGUCCAGGAAGCCCUGCACACUGUGUACCAAGGCUCAGGGCACCCCGCUAACAGCCAAGACAUCAAGUGGUAAAGGUCAAGAAGGCUGGGAGGCAGGUGCCAUCAGCUGCCCAAGGAGGGAGGAGCUGCUGAGUGUGGGUAUCAGAGACUUGAUACCCACCUGAAGAAAACAGCUUGGCUUUUCUUCUGUUACUUUCGUUUUUCAGAAUUCUCUGCUACCCCCAUUUGUUGGCAGCUCCCUCAUUCAGCUUGAUGUGGUGCUAUCCUUAAAUACAUGUGUGAUUGGAAUACUUUAACACAAGAGAACAAUUUUCCCAAUUUAAGUAGCCUUUUACCCUAAGACUGAAAAAAUCCCAAAGAACAACAAUGGAGCCAGACUACUGUCUUUUAGGAUUAAAAAAAUCCAAAAAGUGUCCUGUGAAGAGCUAAGACCCCAGAAGUUCUGAUUUAUGUACCUCAGAGAGAUUUGAUGUGGAAAUAAAGACAGGAGGCAUGCAGACUGCAGGUCGUGGGGACCGUACCAGCACAGUCUGCCUGCCUGGCUCUUAUUUUUACCUACAGGUGUUAUUCUUGAAAAUGUUUUUGCCAGAACAUGAAUAACUUGCAACCUUUUGGAAUCAAGGGGCUCAUACACAAAUCUGAAUUUCCAGCUUUUCUUGAAAAAAUCUGUUCUGGCAACAGUGGGCCACAUUCCUCACUGCUGCAGUGGCCAGAGUGCAGUAGCAGUCCCCUCCUGGGACCAGACCCUCUAACUGUGGGGCCCGGUGGGCACUGGCAACUUAUGCCCCAAACUCGCACUUUGACGUUGUCUUUAAGCUGAACUCACCUUGAGGUGGGGGAGGCCCAACAAGGGUGACAGGUAGUACAGACGAAGGAUGGAGAAUGGAGAGAGAGGCUGCCCUGCUCAGGCCAGGCUGUGUGGUCAGUCCCUCCCUGGGUGGGGUCAGGCAGGUGAGGGCCCUUCCGACCCCAAAGGUGGGUGAGACAGCUUCCUGAUGGCCCAGCCUCCCCCCAGCUCCUCCCUAUGGUCCUUCCCUCAUACAGUGGGCCUGGCUCCGUGAUUCGGUUCCGUCAAGCCCUCUGGCUGCGUGAUGGGACCCCUCAUCCUGCUCAUACUGCUCAUGUGAGCUCGCCUUAAGGAAAGAAGAGAGAGCAGUUUGCCCACAAACAGUUAAAACAGGGCUGGCAGACAACCAGAAAUCUGCAGAAUCAUGGAGCUCCCCAUCAGGGCGCAUCCUGUGAAAUGAAGCAUCUGUGAAGAGGCCUCGAGUGGGUUUUUCAAAGCACUUGGAUUUUGUUACCAUGAGUGAUGAUGCUCAUCUUGAACCCCUCAGUGCUGUAAAGCCUCAGCAUGUUAGGUUUCCUUCAUCUUAUUUUGUAUCAUAUUGUACCUGUCUGGAUUGAUAACUGGAUAUGUUGUGUGAAGUUGUGUAGUUUUUUGCUUUCAGUCUAUAUACAAUUGGGUUUCCAUUCUCUGCAGUAACUGAUCAUGGAAUAAACAGUUGAAGAGUA